AUGGAAGAUUAUGAACUGGUAGCUGCAGCAUUAUCUAAAAUUACAAACACGCAAGUGAUUACAUAUAAUGAAUAUUUGUCACAAAAGGAUAAAAAUUCUGACCAAACUUUUCAAUAUUUUGAUAUUAAUUUACUUCAUGAUAUCUAUUUAGUCAAAGGGGUUGUCACUUCCGACGUUAUUGAUGUUGAAGAUGAUAUCGCUUCUUCAUCUAAUGUCGAAGUUGAAAAUUCUACAAACAAUUUCGAAAACGUUUUCAUAUCAUUUUCCGGAGAAACUUUGGAAAUUAAAAAUCUAAAUGCGAAUACCACAAUUAGUCAAUUGAAAAAUAAGAUAUUUGAAUCUAAAGGGAUCGUACCAAAUGAGCAAUGGUUAACAAUUCAAAAUGUCUUCAUAAAGAACCUUUCUGGAAAAACUUUAACGGUUAAAAAUCUAAAUGCGAAAACUUCCAUAAAUCAAUUGAAGAAUAAAAUUUAUGAAACGGAAGGAAUACCACCAGAUGAACAAUACUUAAAUUAUGGUCUUAAAUCACUUCAAGAUCAUCAGACGUUAAGUUAUUACCAAAUUACAAAUGAUACAACGAUUAAUUUAUCCACACGAUUACGUGGAGGAUCUAAUACGAUUAAAGUUCUUGACCGUGAUUUCUUGGAUCCACAUUACAACUACGACUUUACAAACAUCAAACCUUGUGGUAGAACUUUCAUGCGUGGCAAUUAUAAAUAUGUGCGACCGUAUGGAUGGAAUCGUUUGGCGAUAAGAGUUCUUGAUAAGUAUUCCGAUAAUCGUUGGCUUGGGGUAAAUAAUAGGACAAAGUUUUCCGAAUCUGUGGAAGGCGAAUGGAUAGUUAGUUUUCAUGGUACCGCAAAGAAUAAUGCGAAUUCCAUUGCGAAAGAUGGAUUCCGUUUAAGCAAAGGAAGAAGGUUUCAAUAUGGCCGUGGAGUUUAUUCCACCCCGGAUAUAGACACGGCCGCUUGUUAUGCUGAUAAGUUUGUGCAUGAAGGGGUGAAUUAUCAAGUUGUAUUUCAAAAUCGUGUGAAACCAGGUACUUUUGACGUUGUAUCAUCGGAAACCGGGUUAAAAAUUUUUAUUACUCGUAACGAUAAAAAUAUUAGACCUUAUGGUAUUUGUAUUAGAAAAAUUUAA